UCUUCUAUCUUCAGCUUCACAUAAAUGCAUGCAUGGAGAAGAGAAAGAGAAAACAGAGAGAGAGAGAGCUUUGCAGGGAUGACUUGUGAACACAAAAGCAAGCGGGAGCAAAUGACCAUUGGAAUGGGUUCGAUUUGGUGGGUGGUUGCCCUUGCGAGUGCAGCCAUGGCUGCAACCGGAAUUGCAGCCAUCACCCAUGAAGUUGGAGGCGACAAAGGUUGGGCAGUUCCGCAGGAGAUGUCGUUUUACACCACGUGGGCUUCCGAUAAGACCUUCAAUGUUGGUGACAAACUUGAAUUCAAAUGGACUGGACUGCAUAGUGUGCUUGAAGUAACAAAGGAUGGGUUUGAAAAUUGUACCAGUUCAGGAACACCUAAUGGCACCAGCCCUGUGAUAAUUCCUCUGGAGACUGUUGGCUCUAAAUACUUUAUCUGCACGGUCGGUCCCCACUGCUCGUUGGGGCAGAAGUUGAGCGUGACUGUUGGAUCUAAGAACUCGGCACCUCCAGCAGCACCAACAACACCUGCAACACCAGCAGCACCAGCCCCGAGCUCUGCUCCUGCCUCUCUCCUCGCAAAUGCUUUAUCUGCAGCAACGUUCGCCAUAGGCAGCAUUCUCUUCACUUGUUUAUAAGAAGACUUCAAGUUCUCUCAACUUGGCUUCUCUCUACAUCAGUCAUAAUGUACCUUGUUUGGGAAUAAAAAUAUGUAUUCUAAGUGAUCAGACAAUUUGUCAAGCAUUCCAAGCAUUCCUGAAUUCUUAUUUCAGUUUCAUUCUCAAUUAUUGGCAAGAAGAAUGAGCCAUUGUUGGUAGUAAAGAAAUUGACAGAAGUUUCAAAUCAGAAAGUUCCCAUAUAUGACAUGUUUCUCUGUUUCAAUAA